AUGAGAGGCGACCAAGUUGUCACCCAACCUCUCGUGGACACCACUACUGAAUCCGUACUUUGCUGGAAUGGCGACGCCUGGAAAGUAGCAGGUGAACCCAUUCGAGGUAAUGAUACCCAACUGAUAUUUAAUCUACUACUACAAGCUGCGAAGCCGUCUUACAAUUCAGGAUCAUCCACUACCAUUGAUCGUGGAAAUGCUACUCAGAGAGUUGUGGAUGUUCUCAGUAGCAUUUCCGGGCCUUUUUCUUUUAUAUUCUAUGAUGCUGUCAAUGCAAAACUAUACUUCAGCAGGGAUUGUCUCGGAAGGCGGUCCCUGCUUCAAGGCCUUGAUGAAACCGGGUCUUUCAAGAUCUGCAGCCUUUGCGACGGGACGUCAUCCACUCACUUCGAUGAAGUUGGCACAACUGGUGUGCAUAUGAUUGAUUUCACACAUAGUGUCAUGCAGGAUUUGUCUACACCCGAAACCGGUGUUGCUUAUUUCAACCCCGAUAGCUUACAAACACUACCAUGGGAGAACAUAGAUUCUCCUGGUCAUCUGAGAAACCCCAUCCCUCCCAUGAACAGAUCUGUUCCGCAGGACGUCCCUCAGCUGACCGUUGAGUCGCCUUGCGUGAACGAGCUUGAGCAAAGACUUCGUACGUCUCUUGCACUCAGAAUUCAGAAUGUACGUGAUCCCCCGGGUUUCACCACAGAAAGCAACGCAAAGGUUGCUGUGCUGUUCUCCGGGGGACUCGACUGUACCAUACUCGCUCGACUGUCGCAUGAGCUUCUACCGGCCAACGAGUCAAUCGAUUUGCUCAAUGUCGCCUUCGAAAAUCCGCGUGUAGCAGCAGCAGCUAGCAAAGAAGCGAAACUAGGCUCGGUGUAUGAAAACUGCCCCGACCGCAUCACUGGCCGCGCAGCCUUCGCAGAGCUUCAAGCCAUUUGCCCCAACCGUAACUGGCGCUUUGUUGCAAUCGACAUACCUUACGUGGAGACGGUUGCACAUCGUGACACGGUGAAACGUCUGAUGAGGCCGCAUAAUACAGAAAUGGAUCUGUCCAUCGCAUGUGCACUCUACUUCGCCUCACGUGGACAAGGAUCUGCACUCGACAGCCACGGAGAUAACGCCGAGCCGCAACCAUACACAACCCCUGCUAGAGUGCUCCUAUCAGGCCUGGGAGCCGAUGAGCUGUUCGCAGGAUACGCACGGCAUGGAAUGGCAUACUCACGCAACGGGUUCGAGGGACUCAUUGACGAAAUCGACCUGGAUGUCAGUCGUCUCGGGAAGCGCAACCUAGGCCGCGACAACCGAGUGAUAGCACACUGGGGCCGCGAAGCACGGUUCCCUUACCUCGAUGAAGACUUCGUCUCAUGGGUCGUGCAAGCCCCUGUCUGGGAAAAGUGCGGCUUUGGCCUCCGAGAACCAGAAAGCGAUGAUCCUACAAAGUCCACGACCGGCAUCGACCCAGAGAAGCGCGCCCUUCGCAUAGUAGCCCUCAAACUAGGGAUGUCAAACGUGGCGCGAGAGAAGAAACGUGCCAUCCAAUUCGGCUCGCGGACAGCAAAGAUGGAAAAAGGUAGAGUAAAGGGCACCGACGCCCUCAACUAA